GUUUGACGUCACGCAUCUCGCCAGGUACAGAAGUCCAUCGUGCAAAAUGAAAACAACUGUUGCAUAAACUUCAUUAAUUACGCGGGAGCGGGUCGCACGUGCAAACGGAUUCUCAUUUUGGAAGGAUCAUGGCAGAGAAACCUCAGCUGGUCAAUAAUUCACCAGAGGACAUUGAGACUGAUGAGUGCAUGAACACAUAUUCACACAUCUACAGCCCUGAUCUGCUCAUUGAUCAGGUGGCCUUUAUAACCGGCGGAGGAUCAGGUAUUGGGUUUCGAAUAGCAGAAGUUCUGAUGAGGCAUGGGUGCGACACGGUCAUCGCCAGCAGAAAUCUGGAGAAACUCACUGAGGCUGCAAAAAAGUUAAGCAGCACUACAGGCAGACGGUGUUUGGUGAUUGUCAUGGAUGUGCGUCAACCAGAGACGAUUUCUGCUGCCAUGGAUGAAACCUUGAAGACAUUUGGACGUGUUGACAUACUAAUUAACAAUGCUGCAGGUAAUUUCUUGUGUCCAGCUACAUCGUUGUCAUUUAACGCUUUCAAGACGGUAAUGGAGAUCGACACCAUGGGAACUUUCAACACCAGUAAAGUCAUCUAUGACAAAUGGUUCAAGGAUCAUGGCGGCUCCAUUGUCAACAUUUCCGCCACACUGGGAUACAGAGGUCAGGCUCUCCAGGUGCAUGCUGGGUCAGCGAAGGCUGCAAAUGAUGCCAUGACGAAGCACUUGGCGGUUGAGUGGGGCCCCAGUGGUGUGAGGGUGAACACAGUGGCUCCAGGGCCCAUCUCUGGCACAGAGGGAUACCGUAGACUAGGUGGUUCACAUGCCGAGUCAGCGGGGGUUUUCCACAGCAUCCCGCUACAAAGAGCCGGCAAUAAGACCGAGAUCGCACAUGCGGUUCUUUUCCUGGCUAGCCGUGCGGCUUCAUACGUCACCGGCGCUAUACUGGUCGCCGACGGAGGGGCGUGGCUCACCUCGGCCAAUGACGUGGAACGGCUGCUGGGUAUUGCCUCAUCUCGCUCUGCAAACCUAUGACAGACAGCACCGCACACAGGUGUGUGUGCCUGUGCUAGAAGACAGGUGUUUGGUCUGCGGAGAAAAGAAAGGAUAAAUAGCAUGAAUAGAAGAUGAAAUCAACAGCAAUGGACCAGUUGAUCAUGCCAGCAUCUUUAUGAUUGUUGAAUAUUACAAAAACGUCCAUUUUAUUUUUCACCCCAAAACUAAAGAACGAAAUAAGCAAUAAUAUUCUGUGUUAAGAAAAUUAAGCCUAAUUUUAGGACUUAAAUUUUUAGAAUUAAACAUUUCUACCCAAAUUCUAUUUUUCAUAAUGCUCUGUUAUACUUUUUGAGUUGUAAAUUCUCAGCAUAAAUUAAUGUCAGUACAAAGAACAAGUUAAACAUUUUUAAUUUAUGAUUAUUUUAAUCAUAAUCAUAUUUUUCCUACUUUAUGAUAAUGAGUAUCUUUGGUCUCAUUACAGUAAUGACUGCAUUUUUAAUGCAAAUAUAUUUUCUAAAUUUUCUUCCUUUUGAUUUUGAGGUGAAAUAUGACGGAUAUUUUAUUGAUGAUAUAAAAUUUUUAUUUUUGACCGUAUAAUGCCGGAUACAAUUAAUUUUUCAAGCUGUGAGGAUAUGAUAUGUUCUAAAGACUGAAAAUACCGAUUUGGCGCUUUGAACUAUUUACAAAAAAAGAAGAAAAAAAAAUCAGUCCUUGAAAAAAAUAAAAGGUAACUGAAACUUUGUUUAACCACAAAGUUUUAGUAAUUAUAAUGUAUAUUUUACUUCUGGUAACAUAACUGACCAUUUUAGCACUACAUUAGUGGCGUUUUUUAAAUUUUCAGCUACAGUGCAUGUAUAUAAAAAAAUAAAUAAUAAUAAUAAUAAUGUAAACAUGAUUGUUUUCUUAUAUACGUAACCGUUUUCAUAAUAAAUAUUUUAUAAAUCUUGUA